AUGGUGUCUUCUGCGCAGCCGGACUUCAACCUGCAGGCUCUUCUGGGACAGCUCAGCCAGGAUGAGUUGAGCAAGUUCAAGUCUCUGAACAGGACCGUCUCCCUGGGAAAUGAGCUACAAAAGAUCCCCCAGACAUAG